CCUGGGUCAGGGGAUUGGGAUACAGGAGGGGAUGCGGAUUUAUGGGCUCUGGGAGGGAGUUUAGCACCUCAGCACAUAAUAGAAGAGAAAGGAGCUGCAGUGACUUCAUAUAGACAUAGAAACUGAUAGAAGACUCUUAAAUGCUCCAAAUGUGAGAGGCAGAGUUUGAGGGAGGGAGUGUCUGUUCAAUAUUUCAUAGUGUUCAGUCUCCUGGCGUAGCCCUGCAGCACUUGUAUAAGCUAGAGAGGAACUGCAGUGUCUAAGCAUUGACAGUCUAGGAAUUGGGAGGCCUGUACCUUUAAGAACCCAGCCCCAGGAACCCGCCCUCUGUGCCAAGGCUGACAUGCAGCAUCUUAUAAGAAUGAAAAACUGCUCUGCACCCCACACCCUGCUAUAUUUACUAGCACAGCAGGUGGCUCAUCCCACGGGGUAAUUGUUCCCCCCUUUCCUCCUCCCUAAACGGGGGUUUUGUCCCCGCACAGGGUCUGGCAGCAUCUCCCCUCUGGACUUAACCCCGGCUACCACCUCCCACCCGCGAUUUUUUCCCUUCAGCCCCUCUUCUGCCGCUACCUACAUAGCUUGAUCCCCCCUGGCAGGAAAUUUCUGCCCCCUGCUCAGACCCUGAGACCCCUCCCCGCUGCGAUUUACCACCUGGCUUAAUCCUUUUAAACGCCUCCUAAGAGGAGACCGCAAAUCGGAGACUUCUAUUGCUGGUCUAACAGUGCUCUGCAGGAGCUGCUGCUGAACAAUCCCUCAUUGCUGUGAGAUGACUAGCAUUGAAGACUUGGUUGAUAAAGUGGAUGUCUACCGGUGUGUGGGCAUCCAGAUAACCAACAACACCAGAGGCGAUACCCUCGAGAACCCCCGGACUUACUGUUUCAGUGGCUGGGUCAAGAAUGAGCCUGUGCCCCAGAUCUCCCCCGGUUCUUCAGAGAGCUGCGUGUUUGUGAAAACAAGUGGCACGGCCUGCGGGAGUGUCGGGGUGCUGAGCUACGAGUCCGAUACUUUCACCCUGGCCAUCAUGUUCUCCAGCCCCUAUGACCACGUGCAAUACCGCAAUGAGUUUGCCCUCGAGGUCUUCCCUGGCAGAAAGCACUUCGACAGCAUGGAGCGCCUCUACCAGUACAUGUACAGCUAUGACCCUCCCUAUAUAUGCGAGUCCUUCCAGAAAAUGAUGCUCACUGAUGGCAAGGAUGGUGAGCUGGAGGUGACCAAUGAGAAGAUCCAGGUGAAGGCCACCAUGUCCAACCAAUAUAAGUCCAUCAUUAAAGUGCAGAUCGAGGAAAAAAAUCCCUGCCCCAAUAUGACAAAGUAGGGGGCUGCUGGUGGGAAAUAGUGACUUUCUUUCUCUCAGCUUGAGUAGACAGCGAUGUGCUAGCUUUGCUCAUGUUAGUGCACUAAGAAUGGCCAGAGCGGUGUGGGUGUUGGGAAGAGCUAGUCACCCAAGUGCACUCUCACCUGACUUCCUGGUGAUGUACUUGGGUGUCUAGCCUGAGCUGCUGCCCAUGCCACAGUGUCCACAGUGCUGUUUUUAGUGCACUAGCACAUGGGAGGAGGGAUAGCUUAGUUGUUUGAGCAUUAAUGUGCUAACCACAGGGUUGUGAGUUCGAUGCUUGAGGGGGCCAUUUUGGGAUCUGGGGCAAAAAAAAUAGCUGGGGAGUGGUCCUACUUUGAGCAGGGGGUUGGACUAGAUGUUCUUCUGAGGUCUCUUGCAACCCUAAUAUUCCAUGUCUGUCUACCCAGGCUGGGCAAUAUCAAGGUCUCCAGAGUUUUAUCAUCAUUUUAUUAAAACGUUUUGUUUCUUGCUUAUUUUUUAACCUCCAAAAUAACAGGUGUUGUCAUAUGAAGACCUGAAGUUUAAGCAUUUAUCAUGGUGAUAAAACUCCCAGAAAGCUUUGCAAAAAGUAAUGCUAAAAAAGAGAAUAUAGAAUUAUUAGCAAAUAAGAGCUACAAUUCUUGUACAUGGAAAUAUGUUUCAGAUCCUGGCCUUUGGGUAGAGCUGUAUAAGGUUGUUUUUAAUUGCAUGUGUGCUUGCCAGGUAAAAUAUAAUUGGCUAAGCUACUUAAAUAAAAGUUACACAUUCUAAUGGAAACCAAAAGAAAGGGAUAAGUAGAUAAGAUCAUAACGUAAGAAUGGUCAUACUGCAUCUGCCCAAUGGUCCAUCUAGCCCAGUGCCAGAUGCUUCAGAGGGAAUGAACAGAACAGGGCAAUUUUGAGUGAUCCAUCCCCUGUUGUCCAGUCCCAGCUUCUGGCAGUCAGAGGUUUAGGGAUACCUGGAGCAUGGGGUACCAUCUUGACUAGUAACUGUGAUAGGUUCCCCCCUCGCCUGGCAACGAGUUUCACAGUUUGCGUGUAUGUUGCAUGUAUGUUGUAUGCCCCCAGUGCUGGUCGGGUGGGCAGUGCAACUGGAGCUCCCCCAAUCCUGGAGCGCUGGGCAGGCAGCAUGGUCCCAGCACCGGUAGUACGGGUGGCAUGGUGUGACGUGGCCCCAGCCCAGGGGUCUUGUGCGCACCACGACCCUCAGCCUGCCUACCCCAGCCUCAGCCACAGAAGGCAGGAGCGGGAUUGAGGGUGGAGCGUGGGUGGGGCCACGCCAGGUUUGUUUUUGGGAGGCACAACCUUCCCCUGCCUAUGAUACCUGCUGCCCGUGAUUGUCCUGAUAAAAUGAGAGUAGCAACAUUGUAUGUAAAGUUAUACAAUUCCAUUGCAUGGUGUUAGUAAGACAUAUUCGAAGACUGGGGAGUGGCCCCUCAAAAAACUUCAUCUUACAAAGAAAGCGCUUGGCAUUUCCAUCCACACAGACUUUUUGUCUCCUGAACCUCAGCUGGAGAUUCUUCUCAAAGAAGGAAGGGCGGAUGCCGCAAAUCAUUCCUCCCUUUCUCUGUGCCCAUGGCACCCAUGGCACCUGGAGAACAAAGGAAGGAGCAUUGGACCAGGGGAGGGAUCUUGACUGAAAGUUCAGUCAGUAGAACUGCUGGAACAUGUGGUGUGAGAGCUUGCUUUGAAUUCAUUCCAGUUUGUUAAGUUAGGCAUUAGUUGCAUUUUGCUUUUAUUUUUCUUGUAACCGGUUCUGACUUGUGUCUCG